ACGUGCACACCUCGCCGGCGAGGAGGUCUCAUAGUCCGCGCACAAAUUUGGCACCAGCGAGACACCCACGACACGUGAACUCGACUGCAGCAGCCACUUCCCCGCGGACAGAGUUGCGAGAGCGCCAUGCGAGCUUGACGAGCUUGCGAUUAACCAAAAGCUCGCCUUUUUUCCCCCCUUUUCUUAUUACAUUCGUGUUUUUUUUCCAUCAUAAACCGGGAGGACGAGCGUAUCAUCCAUCCGACAGGGGGCAGCAGUAUAGGAGUAGCCCCUCUGCAAUGGCGCGAGGUCGUUACGAGCUGGACGAGGACGAGCUGCGCUACGGGCUGAGGUACCAGGACGACCUCGAGGAGAACGAGAAGGGACUCGCGAGAGCGGGCGACAGCAAGGGCUCGUCGAAGAGGGGCACGCCACACACUCGGGGCACCGCCAUAUCGUUCGGGUUCCGGCGCCGUGGGACCGCCAACACCGGUAUCCCCGUCCCCAUAGCCAACCAGUACCAGUCGGACCAACAACACCAGCGCUCAAAGUCCGUAGGCCCGGAGCACGAGUCCCGACGCCGGCAACAGCUGGUCGACGACGAUUACUGUUGCCACUCGAACGUCCGCCACCAGCAGUACUACACGUCCUCGGGGCGCUCGACGCCCCGGCUGGCCCCCCCUAAAAAAGAGUCGAGCGGCUUGCCCGUCCGCACCAAUCGCUUUGGCUUCCGCAGCCAGACCCGCUACACCGACAAGGUCACCGAUCUCGGCUUCGCCAGCUACGCGACCAGCAACCACCUCGACAAGCUCGACCAGUACCACCACCACCACCAGGACUGCUGCCACCACCAUUGCCCCUGCGCCCACGAGCAAGAUGCCGGCCUCAGGUUGCCCCGGCAGAGCAGGUCCUCGGCCCAACAGCCCAAGCCACGACCGUCCCCCGUGAACCAUCCCACCACCACCACCUACGGCAACAACAACAUCUACAAUCACAACAACAACAACAACAACAACAAUCCCAACAACAACAAUAACAACAACAGUUGUAGCUACCAGGUGGGCAACCUCGACGCGAACAGGAGGGUGGAGCAGGUGAGCAAGUACACCCUGCACACGUCGCACCUGCCGCAGCCGCAGUACGCGGUGCGGGUGGCGGACGCGAGUUCCAAGAUCGCCAAGACCGUGGCUAACCAGAGCCGGAAGGUCGGAGUCCCGGGGGGGAGCGGCAGUAGCCGGGGCUGCAGCUCGAAGGAGGGCUCCGGCACCGAGGACUCGGGCCUGGGUAGCCAGCACGGCUGCUGCUCGGACGACUGCAGGUCGCGCUACGACUACAACUACGGCCCACAUCACCAGCAGCAGCAGCAGCAGCAACAGCAACAGAUGGUCAAACCGCGCAAGCUGAACGUCGUGGUGAGCGGCAAGAGCUUCGACGUGCGCGACGUAGACGAGGAUCGGCACGUGGUUACCGAGAUCUCGGUCAUCCAGUUGCCGAGCAACUUUGCCCAGCAGCAGUUGCAGCGCGCGACCCCGGCGCCCUGCCACCCCGGCGGCUUAGGUCUGGUGCGCGAGCGCACGGCCCAGUACCAGCGGGCCAUCCUUGGCAAGCAGGACAACCGCUACAUCACCGACUCGACCACCUCCGUGUCCACGGCCUCCAUGUCCACGACCUCGUCCGAGGGCUGUUACGACGAGGGCCUCGGCGAGGAGAAGGCCUACAAGGACCGCUCGCGCACCGAGAAGCGUCUCUCGGCGGUGACCACCACCACCACUGCCGAUCCAUCCGCGUUGGCCACGAGUUUUUGCUCCGUCUCCUCGGGCGUGGCAACGCCCUCCGCCAUCAGCUCGUCGUCCGCGUCGUCGUCGUCGUCGAUGCUGCUGAUGCGCUCGGCCGGGGAGUUGGACGAGGGACACGAGUUCGCUGGUCACGGUGGCGAGGCCAUGGCCGACGAGUACUCGAGCUGCGAGCAACUCGGCCGGGGUGGUAGCGACGGGCUGCGGCUGCUCUUGCCCCAACAGCCCUGCAACACCGUCACCCAGACGACCAGCCAGCACUUCCGGGCGAUUUCGAACGCGGCGAGGAGCGGCAUCCUGCCCAAGAGUACUCUGAGGUCGGUGCUCCUGACCAUCGAGGACCCGGCCUUCGCUGCAGUGGCGGCCACAACGACGACCCUCAUCGACGACGAGACCUCGCCGGUCGACAGUCUCUUCGACAGUCCCACGGCCAGCGUGUCGCAGCAGUCCGACGUCGUUGGUGGCAAGAGGGGCGAGGCCGCCACCGCUGCCCCUGUCAACGCGAUGGAGCGCUCGGGGAACACGAUAGACGACGACAGUCCCGGCACGCCGACCAACGCCUCGCUGAGCCUGUCCGAGGGCCGGGAGUACUUUGACGACGAGAUCGCCGAUCAGCCCGGCCUCGUGUUCGACGAGACCCUUAGAGAGGUCAGCUCCUCCGGGGCCGCGACCAACCCGCACAACAGCCAGACCCUCCCGGAGAUGUCCUCACCGAAAGUGCAACGUGAGUCUUGUUACAUACUUUUCCUUGCCGCGCCAUUUCUGGAUGAUUGUCAUAAUUAUAUACAACGUGGACGAUUAUUUGCAGGCGCGGUGCAGGGACGGAGCGUGGAGAACAGCCCGAUGCACGGGCGGAGGAUCCAUCGAGCUGGCAGCGUGAGCACACUGUCUUCCUGCGAGUCGCUCGCCUCGGACGAUCUUAUGAUGGACUACGAGCGCAGCGACGCGAGCUCCUUCGGGGACGUCACCCUAGCCAAGGAUAACUCGGCGUUCGUCAUGCAGGAUUUGGAUGAGGUGACCAGUCUCUUGGAUCUGGAAAUACAAGGCCAAGAAGCCAUGAGGGAGUGGAGCUCGCUGGUGGGACAGACCCAGCAGGCGCUUUCGAAUUCGGCCAACAACAACGCCAACAAUAAUCAGAACACGGACUCUGGCGCGCUAGUUAAGCCGGCGCAAGUCGUCGACGAGGACGAACAGGGCGGCGACUACUACCAGCUGACGUUCCCUAACUAAUCCGCCGAUUGACGCUAAAUAAAAGCACCCCGGCCACAGAGGCAGGAAAAUAACGGGGAAAAUCGAGCCGAAAUACACUUUGUUUGAUGAAAAGGGAGGGGGGCCUCUGUGUGCACGGUGGGGGGGAGACUAAGCGAGAGAGAGAGAGCGCAGUCCGAAAUAAUCUCUCUCCCUCCCGAGGAGCCUAUUUCGGAUCACUCGCCGAAAAUAAGAUUAUUCAGAAGCGUCAUAUUUUUUUUUCUCCUUCUUUCCGACGCCGCUGCGAGGGUCUGUGCAGUCGUUGUUUGUGACUCUUUUUGGUCGUUUGUUAUAUACCUUGCUCUCGUUGUUUUACCCCCCGUUUCCGGGCGCGCCACGCGUCUUUUCGGGGCUCUAUGAAUCGAAGAAACUUCGAGAGUACGUGCUUUUGGAAAAUUGUUUAUUCUUUUUUCUCGCAACCGUGACCAAGAAGAGAAAGUUUUUUUUUUUUUUUUUUUUUUUUUAACAGAUUGUGCGAUAGUCCGGCCGAGCCCGUUUUAUAUAAUAAAGCUUUUAGUCUAUUGCGUUAUUUCAUUGUACCGUACGUAGUGCCCAUUUAAAUUCUCUCGAGCUUCACAGAUUAUUAUCCAAUGUUGAAUCUUCAAAAUUUAUUUUCCUAUUAAAACCGUCUCUAUGGAAUCAACAGUUGUACGCUGACAGUGUUUUUUUUUUUUUUUUAACUUGUUUAAAUUCUAAUACUGUUCGAUUUACCAAGACAGAAAAAAAACAAAAUACUUGCCAUAAUCAAUGAUUUAAAGGCGUCGAAAAAAAAAUGCCAUUUUAUGUCGGUAAUGAUUGCUGUUGACAGGUAUGAUGACUAAUGUAUUCGUGAUCGAACUUUGGAUUAACAAUCAAGUAUGUAAUGGAUCACGAACGAAUUAAUGUUAAAAAGCUUUCUUAAACAUACCUGUGGGUAUUUCUCUCAAUCUUAAUGAUACAAUUAAAAAUAGUAAAAAAAAAAAAAAAAAGCAAAAAUAUUUAUUUCAACGGUGUCGAUCUUCCCGCCCAUUUACACUUGCUGAAUAAAUGUAAUUCUUAGGUGAUUAUUAAAUAUACGUACCUACACAGUCUUCGCAAUAAGAAUUAUAGUUCUUCCCGUUGAUUUUUUACAUUAAUUUUAAAGGAAAAAAAAAAAAAAAAAAAA